AUGUGUGAUAGGCUACCUGUCCGUCGUCCAUCUUUUCCACUUGGUGUUAGAGACAAAGCUGUUAAUCGUUUGAUCUGUAUUGGAAUGGAUUCACAAGCCUCUAAAGCUCACUGGAUUCUUUUUCCAUCAGAAAGGAUAUUAGAAGAGUGGAUAUUUGCCAUUAUUUCAACUUUAACUCAGCCACCACCUCAACCAUCACCUCAACCAACAUUAAGGCCAAUUGGUUGGUGUCUACCGAUUCCAGAUGCUAAUUCAUCUAGUUGUAGCAAUUCAUCAGUGCCGGCUGCUGCAAAUGCAGCAGCCGGUGAUGAACGAGUGCCGGCUGCUGCAAAUGCAGCAGCCGGCACUCGUUCAUCAACCGGCACAGGAAAACCAACACUGGCUGCUGGUUUGAAAGUCGCCUCUGGUUUAGCGGCCGGUGCAGGAAAGGUUCUCUCCGUCUCUCUUCAAGCUUUUCGAUUUGGUUACAUGCUUGCCACACUUGGAGGAGACUCAUGA